AUGGCUCUACGGAUGUCUGUUGUUGUUACCAUUGCUACGUUUCUCUUCUUACUCUACCUUUUGAUUUACACCAGUAUUUUUGUGAGAAUGAUGCAAAACUUGAUCUCUGUUCAUGAUCAGAAGUACGACUUGGAUCUCUAUCAGAAAACAGAGUACAAAACUCCACUGAGAAAUUCCAACAAUGGAGGAACUGAAAUGCUUGAAUCACGGAAUCAAAGUCGAUUUCAUCUUGUCUCUUUGGCAUCAACACUGGGAAAAUCGAACUUGAAGGUCAACAAUGGAGGAAUUGAUGUGCCGGAAUAUCUGAAUCACAGUUCAGUUCAUCUCAUCUCUUUCGCAUCAGUUUCACCAACACUGCCGCCUACAUUUCCACCACCAACGCCGUCUUUCUCAACCACAUCAACGUCAUCACCUCCGCCGCCGUCGCUAACACAGCGCCAAAUCCAAGAACAGCAACUGAACAACAUCUUAGAGGCAUUAAUCGGAGCAGGGGAUUUCGUGGGGUGGGCUAAUUUGUUAUCUUCAGCAGAUUUAUCAUCUCUUCCACUCACCGCCACCUUCUUCAUCCCUGGAAAAACCGCCAUGGCAAAUCAUCAAACAGUUGGUGUGCAAAACUUAGACCCAUUAUUAAUCGCUUAUCACAUAAUCCCACAACGCCUCUCUUUCUCCGAUCUCCAACAGCUCAAACCCAACACACGAAUCCCAACUCUUUUGCCUUCUAAAUUCAUCAUCGUCACCAACAAUUCUUUAUCCAAUUUCACCAUUGAUGGGUCUCAAAUCACAUACCCAGAUCUAUACGUAAAUCUUGCUUUCACAUUUCAUGGGGUCGAUAAAAUUCUUGAAUACUCUGUAAAUAAUGCUGAACCCCUGUUAUCUCCUCCUGUUGAAAGUCCACCAAUACCUGAUGCUCCUAGUCCACCAUUAAAGCCGAAAUUUCCACCAUUUUUUCCUGCAAGAGGAAGAGGGUUUAUUGAUGGGUCUGAUUCAAAUAUUCCAUUUUCCAUUGAGAAAUUGAUGGUUUUUUUGAGUGUUAGUAUCUUUUUGCUGCAGUGAUGAAGAUCAAUGUACUGAGUAACAGGUUCACUGCUCUGUUUUUUUUUUCUUGAAUCAGCUCUGUUAUGGUGAAUUCAUGAAGAAAUGAGAAACUUUAGCA